AUGGUGGCCACUGUACGACUCGGGCUCAUCGCGAGCGUUCUCGGUGCUGUGGCGUGUGAAGCAGCUCUCCUGCCGAACGGCCAAGGAGCUGGCCAGGCAGUUCUCGGUCAUGCAGCUCCAACCCAAUCGUCGCAAUUGGCAGGCUCAACAGAGACAAGCUCGAGCACCACCACCAGCAGGCAUGAGUGGUCCGACUUGGCAGGCUACAUCACGUCCUUCAUGGAGGAAUGGCACAUUACUGGCUUGUCGAUUGCCAUCAAGGACGGUCAAAGGAAUGAGAGCUGGGCUGAGGGCUUUGGCUUCGCCGACCGCGAUACCAUGGAACCCAUGACACCACAUACCAUGACGUUCACUGGGAGCACUACAAAGUCCUUCACAGCAGCCGCAUUGUCACUUCUCGUGGACAACUCGACAGACUACAGCGGCAUCACAUGGACGACGCCAAUCUCGUCCCUCCUGCCGGAAGACUUUAUCCUCAGCGACGACUGGGCCACACGGCACAUCACCGUCGAGGACGCCCUGACUCACCGCACUGGCCUGCCAAGCCAUGACAUGGCCUGGGUGCGGACGACACGUGACCUGGUCCGCGGCUUGCGCUACCUGCCGUUCUCCGCGGAACCCCGGACCGUAUUUCAGUAUAGCAACAAGAUGUACGGUGUCCUGGGCUAUCUAAUUGCCAAGUUGACGGAACUCAAGGUCGGAGAGGUGUUUCACAAGUACCUCUGGCAGCCCAUGGGCAUGCACGAGACAUUCUUUGGAUACCCGGACGCCCUCGCAAGCGGAGUGCCCCUGGCCAAGUGCUACCACUGGUCAGAGACCUUGGGCCGGCACGUGAAAGUGCCGUACGAGCUCGACCCGGCUGACGCGGCGGCGGGGGACGUCGUGUCGAAUGUGCUCGACUACACGACCUAUCUGCAGACCAUGAUCGCCGAGGGCGGGCCCAUUUCGGCGUCUGGGCAUCACGAGAUCAAGCAGCCCAGGAUCUUGGCCAAACUUGCGCAGCCGCCGUUCACGGGGCCGGUGUUUUACAGCCUAGGCUGGUUCGCCAGCUUCUUCCGUGGUGAGCAGGUAUGGUGGCACACUGGUCAGACAUCGGAUUUCUUGUCAAUCAUGAUCAUGGUUCCGGCGAGGCAGAUUAGCGUUGUGGUGUUGGUCAACCAGGGCGAACCCGCAUUUGAGGCUGUUGCCUACCGCGCACUCUAUGAACUGUUUGAUGUUCCCCGGGAGGAGCGGGUUGAUUUUGACACGAAAAUGAAGGAGAACAAAAAGGCAAAGAAAGAGGUCGUCAGAUCUUGUCCGAAACGAGCCUAUUCUUCCCUCCCGAAGACUGCUCUUCCCCCAGCUCUACCAUUCUCAAGCUAUGAUGGAACCUACGAGAAUCCAGGAUAUGGGCAGGUCAAACUUACACUCGACUGCGAAGACGCCGCUUCGGCGCUAUGGCACUCACGAUUCUCGUCACCAUCAUCAUCCACGACGGAUGAACACAAGAGUACUUGCAAGUUACUCCUGAGCCGCCGAGACGACGCGUAUCCCCACGUUCUGGUGGACCUGGAGCACCAGUCUGGAGAGUACUGGCUUGGCUGGCUGCGGUAUGGCGAGUGGCAGGAUCCGCAGAACCCGCUGACCUGCGUGCGCGCCGAGUUCCAUAUCGGAUCGGAUGGGGAGGUGGCACAGCUCGGAAUCGAUUUGCGGCUUGAGGGUGAGGACAAGCCCCUGGUCUGGUACCAGAGGACAACCGGUUGA